AUGAUCCCUCGGCAUCAGACAGCUACAUGGCUGUUUAUUCUCAAUCGAAACCCAACUCUUGACCACUCGUUGAAGUGGGAUUACGACACAGAGGGUAUUUGUCUCCUUUGCGGCUCAGACUAUGAGACAUGGGAUCACUUGUUCUUCGAGUGCUCUUACUCGGCGGAAGUUUGGAGAAAGCUCACGCUGAAGCUUAACAUCAGAGAUCCUCCAUUUCAAUGGCAACAAAUUCUUCUUUGGUUGCCGUCUGCAGCAUCAGAUGAAUCAUCUAAACUUGCUCUAUUACAGGGCUGGAAAAGCACUAUUUUCGAACUAUGGCGUGAAAAAAACCGUAGAUUUCACGCAGGAAUCACUUUCAAUCAAGAAAAGGUGCUGAAGUUUAUACUCUACAGUAAAGGAUAA